UUUUCUAAUAGCACAGUGGCAAAGAAAAGUGAGAGUGUUAUAGUCAAAGAUAGCAGGGCCGACAGUUCAGAAGCAAAGGAUGGGGUUAAAGUAAGAGCAGAGAGCCAGACGAGUUAAUCCUGGAAUGACUGUGAACUAGAAGCUCUCAGCUGGGGGAGAGAAAGUGUGGCAAGAAAAAAGAGAGAGACAUGGCGAACCUGCCCAAAGAUCCGGCCGAGGACCCCAAGAAGGAGAGCUUCUGGAUGCCAGGGAAAUAUGUACCCACCGUGCACCGCACUGAGCAGUCCUUCCAGGCCUGCAACGACAUCGUGGCCUGCUUCACAGAGCGAGCAAAGGUGGAGAAACAGUACGCACAGCAGCUCAGCCAGUGGAGCAGCAAGUGGAAGUCCAUUGUGGAUUCCAGGCCACUUUAUGGCUCCCUCAUGAGGGCGUGGCAGUGUUUCUUCUCCUCCACCGAGCGACUGUCCGAGCUCCACGCCUCCAUCUCCCAGUCGCUCGUCGCAGAGGAGGGGCAGCGGGUGAAGACCUGGCAGAAGGCGACCUUUCCAAAGAAGAUCUUCUGUGGGUUCAAGGAGAGCCACGAGAACAACACAAGCUUUUCACGGGCCCAAAAACCCUGGUCCAAAAGGCUGAUAAAGCUGGAGAAGGCCAGAGUUGCAUACCACAAGUCGUGUCAGAGGGAACAGGCCGCGCUCGACAAGGAAAAACAAGCAAACGACAACUCCGAGAUGAGUCCGGAGAAAAAGCAGAAGAUCACCGAGGCCAAAGAAAAGGCCACAGAGGAGAAAGAAAAGAUGAGGGAGCGCUAUGAGAAGAUGCUGGAGGACGUGACGUCCUACACGCCUCGCUACAUGGAGGAGAUGGAGGCCAUUUUUGAACAGUCGCAGGAGGAGGAGACGAAGAGGAUCACGUUUCUGAAGGAGACCUUCCUCUCCAUCCACAGCCACCUGGACAUCACCAACAACGAGAGUGUGAAGGCAGUGUACAGUGAGCUCCAUCACACACUGAUGUCCAUCAACGACCAGGAUGAUUUAAAAUGGUGGAAGAACAACCGCGGUCCAGGCAUGCCCACCGACUGGCCCAAGAUUCAAGAAUGGGUGCCACCAGUAAAGAAGCUAAAGAGAAGGAAAAGAGACCAGAGGAGAAAAGAGACCCGACCUGUGAUGAUCGGAGGUGUGAAGGUGCGAGCUCUGUAUGACUACGCGGGAGAGGAGGGCGAUGAACUGUCCUUUAAAGCCGGAGAAGUGUUCCUGAAGGUCGAAGAGGAGGACGACCAGGGCUGGUGUCGAGGAGUCCUGAGCAGCGGGAAGGAGGGUUUCUACCCGGCCAAUUACGCUGAAGUCACGCCAGAGUGACGUCACACGCUGUCCAAGAACAGUUUAUGUCCUAAACUUAUUUCUCACAGAGAGUUUGUUUCUAAAUCUUUUAAAAAUCAUUUGUUAUUCUGAAACGAUGUCGGAUAAAAUCUGUUCCCGUAACGUAAUAUUCUAACCCGCUCGUUCUGCAAUGUGAAUUAACUUAUCGAGGACUAGAAUGUGCUGUUUGUGCCAGAGUUGUGUGCGUGUGUGUGUGUGUGUGUGCGUGUGUGUGUGUGUGUGUGUGUGUGUGUGUGUGCACAUUCAGAUGAGACAAAAGGAGAACAGGAGAGAGAGAGAGAUAUUUAUUCACAGCUGAAAAUGAUACAUGAGGUUUACCCAGGCACAGGUUUAAAUUCAUGUGUGCACUUGAGGUUAAUGUUCACCUGAUAAUUAUUAUGUGUAGGACAAAGCACACAUAGAUUACUUUGACUGAGGAGAGUGUAGUUUUCACAAUAAAAGCAUAUUUGUUUUUGCCUGGA